AUGCAGUCGAAGAACAUACAUUCUCUUUCCUCCCCGGGGAGCACCGGACAGAAGUUGUGGGAAGUGCUUUUUUUCAGACCCACCGUGUCCCCAGCUGAGACUCAGCGAACGCUCAGCUUCUCCGUGAGCUGUGUCCCCUGGACUCCUCCCUCCCUGGUCUCCCCCUCCCACCUGGGAGGCCCUAGCCCACCCCCAGCCUUGGGGCACUGGGGUGUAGGGUCCCCAUUGCCAGCCUUCCCGAGCAGAGAGCUGGGGACAUCUCUCCGGGAGCCCCGACCCGGGCAGGUGGGUCAGGCAGGCUCCAGCGUGCUCCCCUGUGGAGAGCUGGGGCAGCCCCCGCCCAGGCACCUCCCUGGCCUUCCUCCAGGGAGUCAGGGCCUGUAA